CCGCCUAGGAGUCCGGAUCGAAAAUUCUAGAGCCUGGACUGGCGCAUGCGUGAUAGGGACAGCAGGAUGGCACCUUUCUAACCACUUCACACACACUUUUAACAACACGAUUCGGGAAUGCGCGAUUUUGAAGAACAUUAAAAGGCCUGUUGCGUGUCUUGUGUGAAAUUUUAGGUUAAUCCGUCGUCAAAAUCGCCCGACAAUGACGGACGGCACCGGGAAUGAGGAUUCUGCCGCUUUUAAUUCUAGAUCAGAAAAAUAUAUUGCAGAUCCAGUUAAAGCUACUAGCAGUACUGCGGGUCCAUUAGUUUUAUAUUCAACCGCACAAGCAUGGCGGAUGCAAAUUUUCCGUAAUUUUACAUAUAACGGUAUCUCAGAAUCAUCAGAUGAAGAGGAAGAUUUAUCUCAGUAUCAAUUCGAAGAUGAUCUUGAAUAUCUCAGAUCGCUCAAUCCUAGAGAUUGGAAAGAUCAGGAUCAUUAUGCUGUUUUAGGCUUGAAAACUCUUAGGCACAGAGCAACAGAAGAUCUCAUCAAAAGAGCAUAUAAACAAAAAAUUCUGAAGCAUCAUCCUGAUAAACGUAAGGCAAUGGGUGAAGAAAUUCGACCGGAUGAUGACUAUUUUACAUGCAUAACUCGUGCUUGGGAAACUCUUGGAAAUCAGGCUAAGAGACGAAGCUACGACAGUGUGGAUCCCUAUUUCAACGACAGUCUGCCCGAUGAGAAGGAUUGUCGGAGUAAUUUUUACGAGGUAUUAGGUAAAACGUUUAAGGAAAACUCACGAUGGUCCGUGAAGAAACCUGUACCGCAAUUGGGCGGGCCGUAUAUGCCGAGAGAAAAGGUGGAGAAAUUUUAUUCGUUCUGGUAUGAUUUCGAUUCCUGGCGUGAAUAUUCGUACCUUGAUGAGGAGGACAAAGAGAGUGGUCAAGACCGGGAGAUGCGCAGAUGGAUCGAGAAGAAGAAUAAAGCCACGAGAGCGAAGCGGAAAAAGGAGGAGAUGGCGCGAAUACGCUCUUUAGUGGAUAUGGCUUACAAUAUAGACCCUAGAAUUAAAAAAUUCCAACAAGAAGGCAAGGAUAAAAAGAACGCGAUGAAGAGAGCGAAACAGGAGGCAGCGAAAGCUAGGCAGCAAGAAGAAGAAAGAAUAGCUCGGAACGCGGCAGAGAAAGAAAGAUUAGAGAAAGAGAAGAGAGAGUCCGAGGAGAGAGCGAAACAGGAUGCGUUGAAACAAGAACGAGAGGCGCAAAAGAAAGCGUUGCGUAAGGAAAGGAAGGCGCUCAGAGAUUUUUGCAAAGCAAACAAUUACUUUGCCGAGAACUCGACCGAAAGUCUCCGUCAUAUGGAAAGUGUGGAAAAAAUUUGCGAACUGUUUAAAUUGGUUCAACUUGAGGAAGCGAUGAAGAGAUUGCAGACUGAUGGCAGAAACGCGUUUUUGAGUAUCGUCGAAGAAACGGAACGUAAGAUCGAAGAGGAGCGCCGUGUGAACGUUGCUAACAACGAUGCAAGAAACACUCUCGAUAAACAAACCAAAACCUGCACUGCUCCUUGGAGCGAGAACGAUUUACAGCUAUUAAUAAAGGCUGUCAAUCUUUUUCCCGCUGGUACAAAUCAACGUUGGGAAGUAGUAGCAAAUUUUAUCAAUCAGCACAACAAUUCAACCAACGGAGUCAUUCGCGAUGCCAAGGAAGUUCUCGCCAAAGCCAAGAGUCUGCAAUCGACUGACUUUAGCAAAUCGAGUUUAAAAGAACAAGCGAAUAAGAAGGCCUUCGAUAACUUUAUUGCCGAGAAGAAAACGAAGGACGCGGUCGAGGAAAGAAUGCCGGCUGUUACGGAACGCUUGGAUCAUCCGAUAGCUAACGGUGUCGCUGUCGAACCAAAAGAAAUAAAAAAGGAAUCAACGCCGUGGACGCCAGGAGAACAGAAACUCCUAGAACAAGCGUUGAAAACCUAUCCCACCACAGUUUCGGACAGAUGGGACCAAAUUGCAGCGUGUAUACCGACGAGAACAAAAAAGGAAUGCAUGAGGAGAUAUAAGGAAUUGGUAGAACUCGUGAAAGCAAAGAAAGCUGCGCAAGUGUCAAAAUAAUAUUAACUGCAGGCUAAGCUCGAAAUUGUUUUCUUUAACUUAUUGAACUCUAGUUAACGAGCAAGCGUUGUCCUAUCAGAUAGAAAAUUUAUUAAAUUUUAAGACUGCGGACGACGAGAACCUCAGCUUACUCAAUGAGUGGCAGUUUGCGCGCCUAUCUGUGCCUUGCUACAGCCGACAAUGUGUGGAGAGCUAGCCGCACGGCAUAAUGGGAAAAAAACAAAUUUCGGCGUGUUUUGUUCAAUCGGUUUUGCCGGCACCAUUUAAUUCCUACGCGCUGUACACUCUGAACAUAUAUGUUCGAGACCGUGCCGAUUGUUACUUCCGACGGAGCUUACGACUUGGGAGGAUGUCUUGUGUACAGCUUUCUUUUUGCUAUAUGGAUUUUCGUAACCAACCUAUACAGUUCACGUUGUAAGUACGGUGUACAAUAAAGAUAGAAGAACACAACGGUUCUGGAACGAUGGACUUUAUAAAUAAACGAGAACAUUUUGGAUAUCUUGUCAUCACAAAGGAACAUUUCCUCUGGAAUCCUAUGGUCCCGUGAGUAUCUUUCCUUUAUUUAUCCUAAUGAUAUAUCGAAUCCCGUCCAUUUCUUUUACUGUUGAUCCCAUUUUUUCAAAAAACAAUUACACCGCAUUUCUAUAUUAUUGAAGCUGCGAUUUUUAACCCGCAUAUAUUUUCUUAUUUUUCUAAAGAUAGUAUUUUUGUUCUGUACAACAUCUCUAUAUUCUAACCAUCUCCGUAUUCUUACGGUCUUAAUGAAAAUAUGUUAAAAAUAAAGAAGUUUCACUAUGUGCGUAAAAUUGUGAGAAAAGUUUUAUGGCUAUUGAAAAGAAAAAAUAUUAUUUACGAGGACAUACAAUGUGGCAGGAUUUUUUGUGAAGGAAUGUUGUUUCAGUCACCGUUCAAUUUUUAUUUUUCCUAUUUUUCUCACUCCAUACUUGAACAUUCCAAAAGUUUAGAGAAUCCCAUAUUUGAAACACACGGCGUUACGCACUGUUAUAAAUUUACGAGCGGCGAAAUAUAUAAAUCAGACGGCAAUGUGUCUUAUUUCCUUCGACGAGUCCGCAGUGUGUGUACGCCACUAAAAUCUAACAGAGUAGACGAAUAUAAUUAUUGUGCACUUUUGUUCCGUCAUAUCGCUGAAUGAAAGUCUGUCGGAAAGUUUCGUGUAAUCUUCACAACGUUCUUUAUCAUAUAUUUUUCACACUAUGUCCGACGUUACUAUUAUAUAUAUCAAUAGUGUUUAUUACAAUUAAUAUUAAUUUCCGGUUAUUAUUAUUCGCGGCUAUUAAUAUCAAUCUUAUUUUCAAACAAAUCGAAUACUAUCCGUAACAAAUAGAUCGAGAGAAACGAUCUUAAUACAAGUAGAAAUACGCGAUUGGUCCUGCUGAAUUCUGCAUUCUCAGCUCUCUGUACACAUUUUACGAAAACAUAUACACAUAUAUAUAUUUAUUAUAUUUAUACACAGGAUGUUCUAAAUCUUCAAAGCGAAAGGAGAGUAAUUUUUUUUGUUUUUUUUUUGUUUUUUUUUUUUAAUAGCAGAUUUCGACGAUAAUAUCGAGUCGACUUUCUUAAGUUUUACUUCGGCAAGACUGAGAUUUCUUUCCCCCAGUUAUAAAAGUGUGUACUUUUUCUUGACUUUAAUUUAUACACAGAAUUGUAUAUAUCCUCCCUGAUCGUAUAUUUCAGUCUCACGAGAUAGAAGUUCGAUCUUUCUCUCUCGCGAAAUACACAUUCACGAUAAACUUCACAAUAAUAUACAAAACAUGCGUCUCUUGCGUUUCAAUCGCGAUCGGGAUUUUUUUUUUUUUACGUACGGUAUGUAAAUGGAGCUUUUUAACGCACAAUCUACAUUUCGAUGUAAAUCUGUUGUUUCGCUUCGAGAGGGUGUAUAAAAAGAGCCGAAUAAUAAAGAUAUAUUAUUAGAAAACUUCGAAAAAUUGAAAACUCGAGUAGUAUAUUAUUACGCAUAAGCAAAGCUGCUGUCUACUUCGUAUAAGCAAAAUAGUUCUUCUAAAGUUUAAUCGCCGACGAUCCGUUUUUACUUUCGUCAAUUUAAUUUUGUGUCAAAAAAAAAAAUCAUUUUUUUUUAGAAACCCACGAUUACCGAUCUUUUCUUUUUUUUCUGGAAAAAGAUUUUCGUCGGUCGGACGAAAGAGAUUGACAUCUCUUUUUAUGUUCAUGUUUGAGUGCAAAAUCAUAUGAACGAAAAAAGAUCGAUUGCACGAGGUUGUUGUAAUUUCUAUGACAAUUUUUAUUCAGACAUUAUAAGAUAUAAACAGAUUUUGAAUUUUCAAAUAUCAUAAGUGGUUCUGGACCGUGGUGCUCCAUUUACUGUUUUUUUUUUUUUUUUUUUUUAGUUUUUAGUUUUGUGUUUCUCUCGUGAGGAGCACACAAAGGCGAUCUAUAUAAUUUCUUUUUUUUUUAUAGAGCGUAAAAAAUUCUGCUGCUAGUUUGUAUGGUCAUGUGUAUACACGGACCCGUAGUUUCUGUGAAAUUACAAUUUACUAUACUUCAUAGUAAUUAUCCAAUUUAUUAUCCAAAUCGGCAUCUCAUUCGUACCUUCUAAUUUGGCAUAACGCGUACGUAUAUAAUAUAUAUAUAUUUAUAUAUCUCUCACGUAAUAUGUGUGUGCGUGACAAUUUCAAUAAGCUGUCACUUUUACAUAUAUAUAAAGAGAUUGAACGGAAGAGAGAGGAGGAAAAGGAGAGGAGUCUUUUGAAAAUACACAAAUUAUAAUAUAUAUGAAUAAAAACCACUAGUAGUGAGAGAUGAGAUAAUCCUCGAUUAUUCGUAGAACGCAAUCGUCACAAAUCGAUCGCCAGUGCAAGCACGAUGUUUUUUUUUGCUUGUAAUAAUAACUUUGCGCAAACGCUCCUAAUUUAAAGCAGUACAUGGACAAAAACAACGUAGAAAGGAACAAACGCAAGAUGAGAAAAAUAGAUUGAUAAUACUCGUGAUACUCGUGGGAGAAAACUUGCAAAUAGAAGAUGCGUGAGAAAGAGAAGUUCGCAUAUUGGUCAUAGAUAAGCCAAGAGGCUUCGAGGAACGUGGUUCUGAAAGUAUUUCACAUUGGUAAAACCGCGUAGGUAUCGUAAACCGAUUUGUCUAUCGCCUGUUGUUCGCUAACGAGUACCAAAACUCGAUUCGCGCAAGAUCUCUUUUUUUUUUUUUUUUUAAUUACUAGAUCCUAAUUGGUUCUCUAUAAACGCUCUCUGUCUCUUUCACGGUUUUGACAUUUGUAUAUGUACAAAUACGGGACAAAAUCACACGACAAAUCUCCAGAACCACGCCGAUUGACGAAUACUUAUAAAAUUUACGACAGCUUAAAAAUUUGUGUGUCAACGACUAUAAAUUAACAUUUACGUAGUUACAGUAAUUCUUAUACACGUUUCUCCGGUUUCCAAAAAAUCUCACCUUUUCGCGUACCCAAAAAUCACUCGAAUGACAUGCGAUUUUUUUCUACAUAUUUUAUUAUUAAAAUUUGAAAACUCUGAAAUUGUUGCGGCUGCUGUAGCUUUUCUAUUGCAGCUACGCGUUCCUUAUGCGAGUAAACUCUUCGUGCGUAAAAAGAAGUUCGACCCGGUUCGAUUUCCGAACGAUUUAUUCCAGAAUGUGUUUAAUUAUCGCGCGGAUAUUGUUUUUGUUUAAUUUUAUCUUACGUUCGAGGCAAAACGCCUGAUUCAUUUGCCACUCUGUUUUUCGAGAUGAUAAACAAAAAUUGAAAAAUUGAUUGCUCACAAAUAAUUUACUUUUAUUUUCAAAGCUCCUUGAUUGUUAAUUAUUUUUUAAUAAUUUCUUACGGCAUAAGUUUCUAUAUAUUAUUUGAUAAGAUCACUGAAAAAUCUGUUAGUAAAUCUCUCGGAAAACGAUGCGCGUCUCUCACCAUAUCAGACUGUCAAAAGUAUCUAUUAAGUAAUUUUUUUUUUUUUUUAUAAGGCUCUCCGUUGAGUAUGCAUGUAUUGAGUGUAUAUAAUCGUGAAUUGAGAGAAAGAGAGAAAGAGGAAUUUUUGAAUAUUCUUUCACGAAAUAUAUAAAUUUUCGCGUUUUCUAUUGUUAUUUCACGUCCGAUUAAUUCUUUCAUAAGUGACAAAAAAUCACAUAUCGAGUUGCUGCUUUGCUACACCACAUGCGGAGGACGCGCGCAUUCUUAUCCUGUCCUUCCCCUUCUGUGUCCAUACGUUUGUAUAUAAUUUCGUUUAUAUACAAUAUACAUAUACUUACUGACAAAAGUUAAGAAACAAAGUAGUAUUUUUAACAUUAAAUCGCUAAAAAUCAGUAGGACGUCGCACAUUAUUUCUGGAGUCCACAUGAUUGUUGACCACUCACACACAGUAAUGUACAUAUUCGUACACCGAAGUAAAUAACUAUUAAAUAACUACUUUGGUUUUUAACUUUUGUCAUUAAGUCUAUAUAUGCAUAUGUAUAUAUUUAUAUUACACGUAUAUGUCUCGCGAAUAUCUCUCGCAGUGCUAUAGUUUUUAUCGGCCAUUCAUCCUCACGCAUAUCAGCGGAAAUAUGUACGCGCAAACGGUGUUAUAUGUACAAUUACAAAUUACGAAUAAUAAUAUUUAUAUCGUCACAACACAUAUCGUCAGUAGUGUACAACACACACUCGACUCGCAGCUCUCUCUCCUCGCGCAAUAAUAAUUUGCAAUAAUAGUUUGUUUUUUUAUUUUUUAUUUUUUUAUUUUGUCUAAGUUGAUAAAAGUCUGGUCCGAAAGAAGUUAUAGAUACUUAGGCA